CCAGUAAUGUACGAAAUCUGUUUGUGAUACAUUUUUUGAUUUCUCUGUCGUUCUAGAAAAAUUUAUGAUUCAGAUUCGUCAACCUGGAGUAAUAGAAUCGCGGUUUUCAUCGUUGAAAAAUAUGUGAAGUGACUGAUUUAUGCGGUGAUUUGAUUCUCGGAAAAUUGUUUCAAUUAUUCAGACGUUUUGUACCUAAUUGAAUUUCGUAUUUUUUCGCAACUCGCGUUUCAAAAAUUUCCAAGCGAUGAAGUUUUUAGGAUGCGUUCUUUUUAUCUGUUACAUUCAUCUGUGUCAUCGGGGUCACGCUUUAGACAACCCACCCGAGAACUGUUACGAUUGCUCAUUCAAGGACACAUCCACACUGCCCGAUGUCAACCAAUGCUCAUCGAGUCUGAACGAAAAAGAUGAACGUUUACUACGCAUCAUCGAAUACGGCCUGAAAACUAACUGCUUUAUAUCAGAUCCAUGCCGUCGAGUUCACAGCCCCUUCGAAUCACCACACGAAACCAAAAUCACCGAUGAAAGUUUCGACUUCAUAAUAGUCGGAGCAGGAGUGUCAGGUUUAAUUCUAGCAGGAAGACUGAGCGAAAACCCAAAUCAUAAAGUCCUACUCCUGGAGGCAGGUCCUGAAGAGCCAUUAGGUCCUUCUGUGCCAUACUUCUCUAAUUCUGCACUAGACACAUCGGUUGAUUGGAAAUUCGAAACAGUGCCUCAGAAAAAAGCUUGCUUAAAAACCGGCGGAAUUUGCAAAUGGCCUCGGGGUAAAAUGAUAUGCGGUACUGCUUGUAUGACAGGUCUCAUGUACACCAGAGGCAGUCGACAAAUAUACGACAGCUGGGCACAGCAAGGAAACACCGGAUGGGGCUACGAUGAUAUCCUAGAAUACCACAAAAGAGCUGAAAACAACACCCAAUCGAAGGAUAAGAUCGAUCCCGAAUAUCACGGUUUCGAUGGCCCAAUGCAUAUUGGAAAUUUCCCCUAUCUUCCCAAAGUAGCCCAACUCAUGCUGGAGGCAGCUCAAGAGGUCGGAUUCGACGUACACGAUCUCAGUGGCAAGAAUCAAACUGGAUUCGGCGCCUCAUCAGUAAUGGUAGACAACGGUGUACGUGAUAGUCCAAGCAGAGCGUAUUUACGACCAGUUCUGCAUCGCGAAAAUCUCAAAAUUUUCAUCGAAUCGUUUGCCACCAAAAUAAUUAUAAAAAAUAAUCGAGCUAUAGGGAUCGAAUACCUGGAUAAGUUCAACCGAACUCGAAAAGUAUUUGCUAAAAAAGAAGUCGUACUAUCCGGAGGAGUAAUCGGAUCUCCACAACUGCUCAUGUUAUCCGGUAUAGGACCCAAGGAAAAUUUGCGAAAAUUGGGCAUACCAGUAGUGAAAGAUUUACCAGUAGGGCUCAAUGUACAUCAUCACGUCGGUAUCGAAACUACAUCCACAUUGAAAGACUUGCAGGAAUCCGAAUUCAACUACAGAGCACUCGAGGAGUACUUGAACGAACUGAAGGGCCCUUUUUCCAGCACCGGUUUGACUCAAGUAACCGGUUUCUUCGGCACUUCCAAAGCUUCUGAGGAUAUCCCAGAUAUACAAUUCUUUUUGGACGCUCAUGGGGAUAGAUUCAAGUGCAGAAGAUACACCAGCGAACCGAAUAAUCCCACCGUGUUGGGUCUGAGAGUAAUUUACCUUAUUACUAAAUGUCGAGGAACGAUUAGACUACGAUCAAAGAACCCUUUCGAUAAACCGAUCAUCGACGCUAAUUAUCUAUGCGAUGAAGAUGACGAAAACGCGAUUAUAGAAGGAAUACGAAAAAUGCAACAGAUCAUGAAAUCUAAGGCUUUUUCGAAGUAUUACAUCGGAUACGGUGCAUCGAAUGAGUCUUCUUGUGAAUCGUACCCCAAAGAUUCGGACGAUUAUUGGAGAUGUCAAAUACAAACCAAUACUUUGGGUGAAAAUCAUCACGCCGGAAGUUGUAAAAUGGGCUCGCCUGAUGACAGUACCACCGUCGUUGAUCCUCAACUUCGAGUACUCGGUAUACCUAAUCUUAGAGUGGUAGAUGCGUCAAUUAUGCCAACACCUAUCAACUGUAAUACCAUAGGACCUGUAAUAAUGUUCGGAGAAAAAGGAGCUCAGAUGAUCAAAGAUCAAUGGAACGAUUCGGAUAAUGGCAGACCUAUUUCUGAUGAACUGUAACACGCCCUCUUGCCCCAAUUUUUGAAUGAAAUCUGCAAGCUGACAUUUCAGAAUGCAGAAGACAUAUCGUCAAUCCUCGCCAGUAUGUCAAUUUUCAAGGAAUUCAAUAAUGAUUGAAUUGAGAAAUUUGCACAAUUAUGUAGAAAUUACACAUUGUUUAGAAAAAUCUAGAAAAUAUCACGAAACAUAUUAUUUCAAUAUUUUAUUUAAUCAGAAAUUUCGAUCAGAUGAAUCAUUUUUUGAAAAUAAAGAUGACUUUAAUUUAAUGCUCUUGAUGACAAUUUUUCAGUAGAUAAAAAAUUGAAAAAUGUUCAUCAAUAUCUGACAGGAAGACUGUGAAGUGAAUAGAAAGGAAAUGAUAAGCGCUGAUGAGUUUUUAUCGACAGUAAAUUUAUAAAAUCAUAUCGAGUGGAUUUAUUUUAUUUUUAUCAUAAUUAUGGGAAUCAGGCUGUACCCAUUUUGAUGGGUUAUGUGAAACUUUCACAAUAAUCCCGAUAAUAUAGUAAGCAAAUUUUGGGGUAAAAAUUCUUCAGAAAUACUCGAACAACAUUUUCGUUGAAAUAUUUGAAUUUCUCGGGAAAUUUUAACCCAUUUUGAUAGGUUGCAUGACACCUUUUCAAAAAUCUCGAACAUCAUCAGUAUCACCUGAUCAUAGAUUCAAAAUUCUUCACAAAUGUUGGAAAAAAAUUCAAGUCCAAAUUUUUGUACUUCUCGCAAAAUUUAACCCAUUUUAAAUAAUUCCCAAAAUCAACACACAAUUUUGGACUGAAAACGCUUCGUAAAUGUUCAAAAAACAUUUUCGUCAAAAUAUUUGAAUUUUUCACGAAAUUUUAACCCACUUUGAUAGGUCGCAUGCCACCUCUUCAGAAAUCUCAAAAAUCAACAGUAAGUAUCGCCUCAUCAUAGACUCAAAAUUCUUCAAAAAUGUUUGAAAAACAUUUUCGUCCAAGUUUUUGUAUUUCUCGCAAAAUUUAACCCAUUUUAAAAAAUUCCCAAAAUCAGCACACAAUUUUGGACUGAAAACAUACUUAAAUUUCUCGCGAAAUUUUAACUCAUUUUGAUAGGUCGCAUGACACCCUUUCAAAAUCUCGAACAUCAUCAGUAUCACCUAAUCAUAGACUCAAAAUUCUUCACAAAUGUUGGAAAAAAAUUCAAGUCCAAGUAUAACCGUUAUUACAUCUAGGUAGUGCAUAAGUGAAUCAACCAUGUCACAGUGAUGAGAAUUUUUGAAACUCUCACUGCUUCAAAAUAAUAAUUGUUUUUCAGUGUUUUCAUAUUUUCCAAAUUACAAUACAAGUAGGUAUUUCAGAAUAAUUUAUAAGCUUGUAUUGCUUCUAAAUUAAAAAAUUUCUAGUUGUUUUUCAUAGUUGGCAUUGUUUUAAAAUUUACAAAAUUUCAAAUCAAUUUCCCUAAUUCCCCAUCGCUACAAUUUCAUCAAGUUUUCAAUAAAUUUUCAGAAUUUUGCAUUGCUGCUGAGUUAGGAAAUUUGCAAUCAAUUUUUAGAAUUCACAUUGCCUCUAAAUAGUCAAUUUUGAAUAAUUUUUCAGAAUUCUUAUCGUCUUUAAAUUAAAAAAUUUCAAAUUCAAUUUUCAAGUUCAUGUUGUCCACAAAUUGUAAAACGUUUACUCAAUUUUUGGAAUUCACAUUGCCUCCAAUUUUUCAGAAUUCUCAUCUUCUUCAUAAAUAUUACAAUACUGAUUUCAUAUAAUUUUCAAGUUCACAUUAUCUGCAACUUACAGAACUUUUAAUCAAUUUUUGGAAUUCUCAGCGUCUCUAAAUACAAAAUUUCAUAUUAUUUUUUUUAGAAUUUCCAUUGUCUUCAAAUUUAUAAAUUUUCAAACCAAUUUUCAGAACUUGCUUUUUAUUCUAAAUUAAGAAUUAAAUCUUAUAAAAUAUGUUAAGAAUUUGCAUUGCCUCUAAAUUACAUGAAAAAAAUAUGGGUAAUUUUUACAAAAAAAUUUAACAGAUCCCAUUCAAUAAUUUUUACUGUAAUCGUAUGGUAAGAAUUAUCAUUUUAAUAAAUUUUGCUAUAGGUACCAAUAGUAAAAAUCAUUUUGUUUUAAUAAUUUUUACUAAAUCAUGAUAAUAAAAAUUACAUGUUUCAAUUGUACAAAAAUUAGUUUAAUUACUCAUUUUGAAGUAAUUUUUAAAUUAUAAGUAAAAAUGUUAUAGGGACAUUAGGAGCCAUUGCUAAAUAAUGUAAUAGUGAAAUACAUCGUUUUAGCAUAGGAUAGACUAAUUUGUUCGUGGGAAUAUGUUUAAAAUUACUCCCAGGGAAAGGAGAUUUUCCCUGGUCGUUGCUAGCUCGAGAGAAUGAGUGUCUAUGAAUCCUAAUUGACUAUACAUCAUUAAAAAGGAGAGGUUUAAAUAAAGAACACCUCUAGAAUAAUAAUUAUGUACAUUCUGUUUAUUCUGAUUUCUACAUAUUAUACAAAUUUAUACUCCGAGAGUUAAGGUUAUUAGGUGCUAUUUAACGUACAAUGUACAACUAGGCAAUUUAUUAUACGCUAGUGUUAGAGAAAUAGCUACAUUAUGUCACUAAAGAGGCGUAGGCCUGGUGCGUAAGAAUAUUUAUAUACUUACCCUAUUGAAGGAGCGAUAAAUCAUUCCUUGCGUCUGUGUAAGCUGGUUAGGCUUACUGCACAUGAUUUUAUGACGAUCACGUCAUAAAACCCAGAAAAGAAUGGGCAGCAAUUAUCUUACGAUAAUUACGGCAAAACACUGCACACUUUCACACCCCUACCAAUACCACCUAUAGUAAAAGGCCUGAGCGCUGCUUUGUGACGUCAUCACUAUUGGGGAGUACAUACUCCGAUAACACUAUAGAAAUGAAUGCAAUAUUAAUGCACUAGAACGAAAUAAAUCCCAAGAACAUUUUAUUUUGCGUUUUAAAUCACAUUCUGAUAUUUAAUAAUUAAUUUAAGAUCACUAAGGAAUGAUUUAAAUGAACAAAAUGAAAAAAUGAGGUGAUAAACAACACUGUUUUUCAACAUUAAAGAUGAAAGUUAUGCAUACACAUGACAAAAUUAUACCUUUUGGAAGAUAUUACAAAACUCACUGGUGAAAUAUAAUGAAUAAUUGUCGAAUUUGUCCAAAUCCCACUAAAUUAAAAUGAUAUCAACUCUAAUUCCAAUGUGUGUAUUCCAUUUCCAUUUUCAACUACAGGUAAAAAACCACAGGACAGAUAACUGUUUAGUUUCUUCAGCAGUGAUAUGAUCGAUAAAAACAAUUUCUCUGAUUUUGCUGACCAACUUGAGUGAUAAAAUUGAUGAUUCGAACACUUUCAGCAAAUUGGUUUGAGAUUUUGAUGGUUUCUUGAUCAGAUAUCCAUUGUAGUUGGAUGGUUGUAUUCUUGUAUUCACUAUGCAGGUUUAAAACUCAUUGAAGAUUUUAUGGUGCACUAUUCAUUUCACUGCAACGUUAUUCAAGUAAAACACAGGCACUAGUACACAUCAGUUUUCAUUUUUAUUCACUUCACAAGAUAUCUACACAUCCAAAUCACACAACAGUCACAACACAAACAGAUCGCGAAAAAUU